GGGUUCCCACACCUAGCGAGGCCACGGGUGUGGUGUUGCGGGUCUCCAGGAGCCCCUAGGGAUUCUGCAUGCAGAGCUUUCGGCCUCCAAAUAAGUACAAGCCAAAAUCCCUGGAUACUAGACAAACAAACAUAAGAAGACCCUGAAAUGUGUGGAAAAGGCAGAAUGACAAAAGACAUCAAGACCCAAGGAAUAACAUGAUGCAGAUCCCAGACACAUUAAGGCAUACCAGGUGGCAGAGACUAGGAAAAGGCAAUUCGAAACAGAUAUUAGAUGCUACAAGGGCUCUCCAGGCAUGGCCGCAGAUUGAAAAGAGGACAUGCUGGCAUGGUCAUGCUGGAGGAGGACUCCACACAGACCCAAAAGAAGGGUUAAAAGAUGUUGACACUAAAAAAAUCAUAAAAGCAAUGCUUUCUUAUGUGUGGCCCAGAGACAGGCCAGAUCUACGAGCUAGAGUUGCCAUUUCCCUGGGAUUUUUGGGUAGUGCAAAGGCCUUGAAUAUUGUGGUUCCUUUCAUGUUUAAAUAUGCUGUAGACAGCCUCAACCAGAUGUCGGGAAACAUGCUGAACCUGAGUGAUGCCCCAAAUACAGUUGCAACCAUGGCAACGGCAGUUCUGAUUGGCUAUGGUGUAUCAAGAGCUGGAGCUGCCUUUUUUAAUGAAGUUCGAAAUGCAGUGUUUGGCAAGGUAGCCCAAAAUUCUAUCCGAAGAAUAGCCAAAAAUGUCUUUCUCCAUCUUCACAACCUGGAUCUGGCUUUCCACCUGAGCAGACAGACAGGAGCUUUAUCGAAGGCUAUUGACAGAGGGACAAGGGGUAUCAGUUUUGUCCUGAGUGCUUUAGUGUUUAAUCUUCUUCCCAUCAUAUUUGAGGUGUCUCUUGUCAGUGGUGUCUUGUAUUACAAAUGCGGUGCCCAGUUUGCAUUGGUGACCCUUGGAACGCUUAGUGCAUAUACCGCAUUCACAGUGGCUGUCACACGGUGGAGAACUAGAUUUAGAAUAGAGAUGAACAGAGCGGAUAAUGAUGCGGGUAAUGCUGCCAUUGAUUCGCUGCUAAAUUAUGAAACUGUGAAGUAUUUUAAUAAUGAAAACUAUGAAGCCCAAAGAUAUGAUGGAUUUUUGAAGUCAUAUGAGACUGCUUCACUGAAAAGUACUUCUACUCUGGCUAUGCUGAACUUUGGUCAAAAUGCUAUUUUCAGUGUUGGUUUAACGGCUAUAAUGGUGCUUGCCAGUCAGGGAAUUGUGGCAGGUACCCUAACUGUUGGAGAUCUAGUAAUGGUGAAUGGACUGCUGUUUCAGCUUUCAUUACCUCUCAAUUUUCUGGGAACUGUAUAUAGAGAAACUAGACAAGCACUCAUAGACAUGAACACCUUGUUUACUCUACUCAAAGUAGACACCCGAAUUAAAGACAAAGUAAUGGCAUCGCCCCUUCAGAUCACACCACAGACAGCUACAGUGGCCUUUGAUAAUGUGCAUUUCGAAUACAUUGAGGGGCAGAAAGUCCUUAGUGGAAUAUCUUUUGAAGUCCCUGCAGGAAAAAAAGUGGCCAUUGUUGGAGGUAGUGGGUCAGGGAAGAGCACAAUAGUGAGGUUGUUAUUUCGCUUCUAUGAGCCUCAAAAGGGUAAUAUUUACCUUGCUGGUCAAAAUAUACAAGAUGUGAGCUUGGAAAGCCUUCGGAAAGCAGUGGGAGUGGUACCUCAGGAUGCUGUCCUUUUCCAUAAUACCAUUUACUACAACCUCUUAUAUGGAAACAUCAAUGCUUCACCUGAGGAGGUGUAUACAGUGGCAAAGUUAGCUGGACUUCACGAUGCAAUUCUUCGAAUGCCACAUGGAUAUGACACUCAAGUAGGGGAACGAGGACUCAAGCUUUCAGGAGGAGAAAAGCAAAGAAUAGCAAUUGCAAGAGCCAUUUUGAAGGACCCCCCAGUCAUUCUCUAUGAUGAAGCCACUUCAUCAUUAGAUUCGAUUACUGAAGAGACUAUUCUUAGUUCCAUGAGGGAUGCAGUCAAACACAGAACUUCUAUUUUCAUUGCACACAGAUUGUCAACAGUGGUUGAUGCAGAUGAAAUCAUUGUCUUGGCCCAGGGUAGAGUAGCAGAACGUGGUACCCACCAUGGUUUGCUUGCGAACCCUAGCAGUAUCUAUUCAGAAAUGUGGCAUACACAGAGCAGCCGUAUGCAGAGCCAUAACCCCAAAUGGGAUGCAAAGAAAGAAAAUAUGUCCAAAGAGGAGGAAAGGAAGAAACUACAAGAAGAAAUUGUCAACAGUGUGAAAGGCUGUGGAAACUGUUCCUGCUAAGGCACAUGAGACAUUUUCUUUUCUUUUUCUUGACCACAUAUUUGCACUGAAGCAGAAUUGUUCUAUUAAAAAAAAAAUCACACAUUC